GUAACAACUCUUCUAAUAUUAUUCUCGUCCAGUGUAACGUGAUUGAAUUCGUUAUUGUUAUUUUAUAUAUUUACGAGAAUAAAUAAUUGAGAGAAUAAAGAACAACGAUGAAAAAGAAAAACAACAAAGGCUCCCGUAAGACCAAAACUGUAUUCCAAUUACCAACGACGCGUAGCAUCAAAUUGAAAUUCAAAGCCGAGAGAAUGGCAAGAAAACUAAAAAAUUUCGAUACAAAAGUAAAUAAAUCGACGCCCAAAACAACUAAAAAGACGAAAGAAAAAAAGUUGCUCGCUGAUAAAACAUUGAAAGACUUAUGUCAAGAAGUAGUCAUAACGGCUCUGAAGAAGAAUAGUAAUAUUCGAAAAGUAAAGAAGCAAGAGAAAAAAAAAUUGAUUAAAAGUUCAAUGCCGGUAGAAACAAAUAAGAUGACAGCCUUGGUCCAACAAAUGCAAAUAUGAGAAUUUAUUAUUCUUUUAACUCCUAACUAAUAAUCAAAAAUAUAUUUGUUAUAUUUGUUCUACGAAUAAAUAAAUAUAUACGCAUAUGAGUACAUAAUUUAACAUAGAUUGCAUUGGAAUGGAGCACGUGUAUACGGCAGGGCUGAUCGUAAUUGGCGAUGAAAUCUUGCGCGGACAAAUCGUAGAUACUAAUACAUCAUACUUAGCAAGAAAAUUAAGAGCUACAGGAGUGAAGCUUUGUAAAGUAACUGUGGUACCUGACAUAGUAGAAGAAAUUGCACAAGAAGUAUCCGAGGCAUCGAAAAAAUAUUCCAUUGUAUUUACGUCUGGCGGAGUUGGUCCUACGCACGACGAUGUCACCUAUGAAGGUAUUGCAAAAGCAUUAGAAUUAAAGCUAGAGGUACAUCAAGAAUUGUUGAAUUUUUACAAACGAUUACUUUCUGGAAAGACGGAACUAGAACGUUUAUCUAUAGUACCGAGUCCUUGUGAGCUUAUCUAUGUUAAUUCAACUGAGGAUUAUGCAGUGAUCAAAACAUCAAAUAUUUAUAUUCUUCCCGGUUCUCCAAAAUAUUUUAAGCCUGCAGUAGAUACAAUUAUGCCUAAGUUAAGUAAAGGCAAUCCAUUAUAUUUUGAUUAUGUCGAUAUUGAGUCAGACGAGUUGUCGUUACUUAAAAUAUUGGACGAACAAGUACGACAUUGGGAAGGUAAAGUAAAUAUAGGAAGUUAUCCCCAAGGAGAAUCAAAUAUCGCGAAUCCUUUCGUAAGAAUUACAUUUGAAGGACUUGAAAGUGAUGUUACAGAAGCGAAGAAAAAAUUAAUUUCAUGUAUACCGAUGAACAUCGUUCGGAGUAAAAGAUUUAGUAUAGAACAAGCAGAGCUGAUUAUUAAUAAUAGUAAAGAAGAAUAUGUGCAGAAUGCGAUUGACGUUUUGAAACAAUGUUAUGAUAAAUAUAAUGCAAAUGAAAUUUUUCUAAGUUUCAAUGGCGGAAAGGAUUGCACUGUUGUAUUACAUUUAACUGCCUGUAUUUGCGCGUUACGCAAUGUUUCACCGCCAUUGUGUUUAUAUGUACCAACAGAUCCGUUUCCAGAGAUGGAAACGUUCAUAGAAGAAGCAGCUAAUUAUUAUGGUUUAGAAUUAAUUAGAAUGAAACCACCAUUGCGUUUGGCUUUAGAUAAACUAUUAAGCAAUAAAAAGUACUUAAAAGCGAGUCUGAUGGGUAUGAGAAAGGGAGAUCCUGGAGCAGAAAAAUUAGAAGCAUUUAGCUUCACUGAUCCAGGAUGGCCAAAUUUAAUGAGAGUCAAUCCAAUAUUAGAUUGGUCUUAUUCCCAAGUGUGGCAAUUUAUACGCAAACACAAAGUGCCGUAUUGUUCUUUAUACGAUAAGGGUUACACAAGUAUCGGUACCAAAACAAAAACACUACCAAAUCCUUUAUUAAAAGAUCCUCAAAAUCCAUCUACUUACUUACCAGCAUAUACUUUAAGCGAGGUAUCUGCUGAAAGACAUGGAAGAGAAUGAUGUCAACCAUUAUUAGUUUCAAUUAUAGUUC